AUGCCGGCCAAGCUCAGCAUCAACGAUGUGGAUGUCGCUGGAAAGCGGGUCUUCAUGAGAGUGGACUUCAACGUGCCACAGGACAAGGCCGACCCCACCAAGAUCACCAACACACAGCGCAUUGACGGGGCCCUGCCUACCAUCAAGAAGGUGUUGGAGAAGGGCGCCAAGUCCGUCGUCCUUGCUUCCCACCUCGGCCGCCCCGAUGGCUCCGUCGUUUCGAAGUACUCGCUGGCCCCAGUGGCCAAGAUCCUGGAGGAGAAGCUGGGCAAGCCAGUCACUUUCUGCACUGACUGCGUCGGGCCAGAGGUGGAGGCUACGUGCGCUGACCCCGCGGCUGGCAGCGUGAUCCUUCUGGAGAACCUGAGAUUCCACGUGGAAGAGGAGGGCAAGGGAGUUGAUCCCGAGGGCAACAAGAUCAAAGCAGACAAAGAGAAGGUAGCAGCAUUCCGGGCAUCCAUCAGGAAACUUGCGGACAUCUACUGCAACGAUGCCUUCGGAACUGCACACCGUGCACACAGCUCCAUGGUUGGAGAGGGUUUCGACGUGAAGUGCGCCGGCGAUCUCAUGGGCAAGGAGCUCGAGGCUUUCGCGAAGGUCCUGGACAACCCCGCCAAGCCCGUGUUGGCCAUCCUCGGUGGUGCAAAGGUCAGUGACAAGAUCCAGCUGAUCAUGAACAUGUUGGACAAGGUGAACAAGAUGAUCAUUGGUGGCGGCAUGGCUUACACUUUCCUCAAGAUCAAGGACAGCAUGUCCAUCGGAACCUCCCUCUACGAUGAGGAAGGGGCCAAGAUCGUCCCUGAGAUCCUGGCCAAGGCGGAGAAGCUCGGUGUGGAGAUCAUCCUCCCCGUCGACUUCACCUGCUCCUCCAAGUUUGGCGAGGAUGGUGAGAUCAAGGAAGGUGUGACCAAGGAGGGCGGCAUCCCUGAUGGCUUCAUGGGCCUGGACUGCGGCCCAAAAUCCGUGGAGUUGAAUGCCAAGGCCGUGGCGGAGUCCAAGACCAUCAUCUGGAACGGCCCGAUGGGCGUCUUCGAGAUGUCGAAGUUCGAGAUUGGCACUAAGAAGCUCAUGGAUGCAGUGGUCGAGGCAACCGGCGCAGGUGUGAUUACUGUCAUCGGCGGUGGCGACACGGCCACUGCAUGCAAGAAGUACGGCACAGAGGACAAGGUCACCCACUGCAGCACUGGCGGCGGCGCUUCUCUUGAGCUCCUGGAGGGUAAGGAGUUGCCAGGCCGGGCGUAG